UUAACACCGACAAUGAAUAAACGCAUAGUUCAAGGUGUGCAAUACUUUGUCAGUAACUGCACGAUACAUGGAUUGCGAUAUCUGGGCAACCGAUGUAACGUUCCAUCAAAGCUUUUUUGGCUUAGCAUGAUAACCUGCUCAUUUGCAACGAUGAUUCACAUUUUGCUGUACAUGGAGAAUGAUGAAACGGUUCAAAUUCACGUCGACACAUCAUAUCUACACUGGAACAACACGUUUCCGGCAGUCUCGAUUUGCUACACAAAAGGGCGGAGUUUGAAUUCGAUAAGUAAAUUUUUGGAUGAUUACUGGGUUAAAACAAACACAACGAAGCCGGCUAAGGCUGGAAAUUAUUACCGGGUUGCGCAAAGUUACCUAUUCGUUAACCCAAACAGCAAUGUCGAAGUUCGGGGUGCUAUUUGUGAGGGCAUGAACGCAACAUGUAACUUGAAUCUGGAAACGAUGCAAAGUAUUUUUUUCCCACAAAAUUGUUCAGAAAUUUUCAUGGAUGUAAAGUUUCUGGGCAAACCUUAUAAUUGCGAUGAUUUUUUCGAGCGGUUUGAUACCGAAAUGGGCCCAUGCUUUGUUGCGAACAGUAUCUACUCCAAAAGUGCAGACAAAUCAUAUGAAAGACUUCCCAUGAAAUACACCACAGAUUGUCCAACGAGAACGUUUGAAUUCCGAUACAAGGAGAUAGAAGCAGUAAGUUUUAUGCUUUAUAUUCAUAGUUCCGAAGAGUUACCAUACCUUCUGAUGCCCUCUGUUCGAUUGAGAAAAUCAGGCGCAAACAUGCAUUAUUCACUGAGUACAAUUGAGAUUUUCAACUAUCCGGACGUCAAGUUUGAACCUAUCGAGAAGAGAGAGUGUCGAUUUCCGUUUGAGAACAUUUCCCAACAUUUGCCUCUCGAAAACAUUUAUCAAACUUUGGAGUACAGUUUCACUAACUGUUUCCUUACUAAGCGUAUCCAAAUAGAACUCGAGAAGUGCAACUGUACGUUACCGACAUCUCCAAAAGAGUAUAAGCAUAAAUAUUGCGACUUUAAUGGUCUCAUCUGUGUAUCUAAAGCCGACAUCUUAGGAUUGACGAAAAAGGUCCUGUUUAACGGAGAACAAAGCUGUAUCCAGUCAUGUUUGGAAAUGGAGAUUAAUUUGAUUGGUGAAAACACGAUAAAACUGCAGGAUGGAAAUGAUCCUGGCCUUGUACAACUUGAAGUGGUGAACGUUCCCACCAGCAGGUACGAGCGAAUUGUCGCUAAAGACAGUUUGGACUUUAUAGUUUCUCUUGGUGGAGUUGGAGGAUUAUUUUUCGGAAUAUCGCUACUAAGUUUAAUUGAAUUCAUGUAUCUAUUGUUACGCAAAUCCGUCUAAAAAAAAAACAAAUAAAACGUCCUGUAGGCGCUUGUAUUCAUGCAAUUGAA